UGGAACAUUGCUUUUCAUUGUGAGUCGUAUGAGUGAUCAGUGUAGGCUGAGCUGUGCAGCAUCCCAGUGGAAUAGGAGUCCCACGGCACAGCAGGCUGUUCCCCUUCCAGGAACUGAGAGUGUCUGGAUCGUUCUACGCGCCGCCUGUCUGGAUGUGGCCGGUACCUGCUGCUCUAUCAGAGCGUGUGUGAGUCCCUUCAUGCAGAGCCCGGCUUGGAUACAAACUACUGCUAGAAACCUUCUGUCCCUCUGAGUGAUCCCCUGACUGGACCGUGCACAAUGGGCAGCAAAGGACAUUAUCGAUACCACUGGCAAAGCCACAAUGUGAAGCACAGCGGAGUGGAUGAUAUGGUUCUUCUCUCCAAAAUCACAGAAGAUUCAAUAGUAGACAAUCUAAAGAAACGUUACAUGGACGACUUCAUCUUUACAUACAUCGGGCCAGUGCUCAUCUCCAUAAAUCCCUUUAAACAGAUGCCUUACUUUGGAGACAAGGAAAUAGAAAUGUACCAAGGAGCUGCUCAGUAUGAGAAUCCUCCACACAUCUACGCGUUGGCUGACAAUAUGUACAGAAACAUGAUCAUAGACAGGGAAAACCAAUGUGUUAUUAUAAGUGGUGAAAGUGGUGCAGGUAAAACAGUGGCUGCAAAAUACAUCAUGAGCUAUAUCUCAAAGAUUUCUGGAGGUGGCCCUAAAGUGCAGCAUGUUAAGGAUAUCAUUCUGCAAUCAAAUCCUUUGCUUGAAGCCUUUGGAAAUGCUAAGACCGUACGGAAUAACAACUCAAGCAGAUUUGGAAAAUACUUUGAAAUACAAUUUAGCCCAGGGGGAGAACCAGAUGGCGGAAAGAUCUCAAAUUUUUUGCUGGAAAAAUCUCGUGUGGUAAUGAGAAAUCCAGGGGAAAGAAGCUUUCAUAUUUUUUACCAGUUGAUUGAAGGUGCAUCAAAAGACCAAAAGGAGAGUCUGGGAAUCACAAGCCUAGACUACUAUAACUACCUUAACCAGUCCGGGUCCUACAAAGUAGAUGAUAUUAAUGAUAAGAGAGACUUUCAAGAAACCAUGCAUGCAAUGAAUGUCAUUGGAAUCCCUACCGAAGGACAAGCCAUGGUUAUGCAGAUAGUAGCGGGGGUCCUUCACUUGGGAAAUAUCGGCUUCAAAGAGAAAGGCAACUAUGCAGCUGUAGAAAAUGAAGAAUUUUUAGCCUUCCCUGCCUUUCUACUGGGGAUAAACCAAAACCGUCUGAAGGACAAGCUAACCAGCAGACAGAUGGACAGCAAAUGGGGAGGGAAAUCUGAAUCUAUACAUGUGACACUAAAUGUGGAGCAAGCCUGCUACACCAGAGAUGCACUUUCCAAGGCACUCCAUGCUCGUGUGUUUGAUUACCUGGUUGAUUCUAUCAAUAAAGCUGUGAAGAAAGAUCAUGAGGAAUAUAAUAUUGGAGUCCUGGAUAUCUAUGGUUUUGAAAUAUUUCAGAAAAAUGGAUUUGAACAAUUUUGCAUCAAUUUUGUGAAUGAGAAACUGCAGCAGAUUUUUAUAGAACUGACUCUCAAGGCGGAACAGGAAGAGUAUGUUCAAGAAGGAAUCCGAUGGACUCCAAUAGAGUACUUCAAUAACAAAAUUGUGUGUGAUCUGAUUGAGAACAAAGUGAACCCUCCUGGUGUAAUGAGUAUUUUGGACGAUGUCUGUGCCACGAUGCAUGCAGUGGGUGAAGGGGCAGAUCAGACACUUCUCCAGAAACUACAGAUGGCUGUCGGGACUCAUGAACAUUUUAAUAGCUGGAACCAGGGCUUUAUCAUACACCAUUAUGCUGGAAAGGUGUCCUACGAUGUCGAAGGAUUCUGUGAGAGGAAUCGAGAUGUUCUAUUUAUGGAUCUCAUUGAACUAAUGCAGAGUAGCCAGCAGCACUUCAUACAAGCUCUAUUUCCUGAAAAUCUUCAAGCAGAAAAAAAAGGGCGUCCUACAACUGCAGGCAGUAAGAUCAAGAAACAAGCUAAUGAUCUAGUCAACACUCUAAUGAAGUGCACUCCACACUACAUUCGCUGCAUCAAACCCAAUGAAACCAAGAAACCCAGAGACUGGGAGGAGAGCAGGGUCAAGCACCAGGUUGAAUAUCUAGGAUUGAAGGAAAACAUCCGUGUUCGUCGUGCUGGAUAUGCAUACAGAAGGGUAUUCAAGAAAUUCUUACAAAGAUAUGCAAUCCUUACCAAAGAGACCUGGCCAUCAUGGAGAGGAGAUGAGAAGAAGGGAGUUCUCCACCUACUGCAUUCUGUUAAUAUGGACUCCGAUCAGUUUCAGCUUGGGAAAACCAAAAUCUUUAUUAAAGCCCCAGAGUCUCUCUUUCUGCUGGAGGAGAUGCGUGAGAGGAAAUACGAUGGCUAUGCUCGCUCAAUUCAGAAAGCCUGGAGGAAGUAUGUUGCACGGAAGAAAUACGUGCAGAUGAGAGAGCAAGCUUCUGACCUGUUCCUUAACAAAAAGGAAAGAAGACGGAAUAGCAUUAACAGAAAUUUCAUUGGUGACUACAUUGGUAUGGAUGAGCACCCAGAGCUUCGCCAGUUUGUGGGAAAAAGAGAAAAAAUAGAUUUUGCGGACACCGUUACUAAAUAUGACAGAAGGUCUAAGGGUGUGAAACGGGAUCUUAUUUUAACCCCAAAGUCUGUGUACCUGAUUGGGCGGGAAAAGAUGAAACAAGGUCCAGAGAAGGGGCUGGUGAAAGAGGUUUUAAAGAAAAAGAUAGAUGUAGAACGGAUCCUUUCAAUCUCUUUAAGCACUCUGCAAGAUGAUUUCCUUAUACUACAUGAGCAAGAAUAUGACAGCCUGCUGGAAUCACUCUUCAAGACAGAAUUUGUAAGCCUUUUAUCUAAGCACUUUGAGGAAAAGACUCAAAGAAAACUACCUCUAAAAUUUAACAAUAUUCUUGAUAUGAAGUUAAAGAAGGAAAACUGGGGCCCGUGGAGCGGAGGGGCUGGCUCCCGCCAAGUGCAGUUUAUUCAAGGACAGGGAGAUUCAGCAGUGUUGAAACACAGUAGCAAGGUGCUCCAGGUCAGCAUUGGACCCGGCCUGCCAAAGAACUCCCGCCCAACCAGACGGAACAUUACAGAUGGAAGAGGCAACGCUAGCAAAUCUAAGUCUUAUCCAAGCAGAGCUGCCCCACCACCACCAGGAGGUCAUCAGAAUGGGAUAAUAAUGAACCCUCCAUUUGGGCAUCACCCACCGAAAGCAGCCAGACCAUAUAACAACUCUCGGAUGUCGUCUGUGGACCACCCAACUUUACCACGGCAAGUUACUGGAUCCUCGAGCAGAAAUCCACAGCAACCACAGAGCCUGGACUUCCUUAGAGUGCCUGACCAAGGGGUUGCUGGCACCCGUAGGCAGUCAUCAAACCGGCCCCCUCCAGGCGGUGGAAGGCCUAAACCACAGCCAAAGCCCAAACCCCACGUACCACAAUGCAAGGCUCUUUAUGCAUAUGAUGCGCAGGAUACUGAUGAGCUCAGCUUCAAUGCCAAUGACAUCAUUGAAAUUAUCAAAGAAGAUGGCUCAGGUUGGUGGACAGGAAAACUACGAGGCAAACAGGGACUCUUCCCUAACAAUUAUGUUACCAAAAUAUAGGAUAAACUGAAGCAAGAAUAAUGCAGAGUGGGAUCUGUGACCCUCCCUACAGGAACACCUUACUCGUAGUAUCUAUACUUGAGACGUGGAAUCCAAAUAAGUGCUGCGUGUACUCAUGGAGCCAACCUCAUAGCUCAAGGCAACAAUGGAUCAUUGAAGCACUGAACUACAAAAAAAUAUAUAUUUAUUGUAUUUUAUCCUAAAGAGAACUUUUUUUGCCAGAGUGGUCCAGAAUGCAUUGCAGAGCAAUGGGCUUCCGGCCUGUCCGCCGGUAGAAACCAAUAGGCAGUGAAAGUUGGGUUGGGUUUCGUGUAGCGCAAUGAAAUGUUUGCUUGUGGCAGGGUUGUGUUAAGUGCCUUUUAUUUUAAUGUUCUUAACUUAUAUGAAGAUGUUUAUGCACAAUUCUGUUCUCCAUUUGCAUAGGGAUGAAGGAAACUAUUUCAUAUGCUGCUAGAACCUUGCAAUAUAUAUUUUUAUUGAUGGCAGGAAUGGCAAGUACUGUGCAUAGCAAUACUGGAUGUUCCUCUGUGGCUGCAGUAGGAAUAAUCUUCUAUUGAAAUAUGGCUGGACCAUGUUAUUGUUACCUGUUCCAGGGCGCAUCUCUUAAAGCUGUACAUUUUUAAAGCAAAUCCUAUAUACUGUACAUACAUAUAAAUAUAAAGUGACUCCAUGUAUGAAUGUAUAAUGUAGUAUUCCACUGUAUUUAUGGGAAAUGUAGUUUUAAUAACUGUACCAGGUACUUAGGAAAAUACGCACUUAGGUUUGUUAAUGCUUUUAUCCUCACCUGCUGUUGCCUACGAAGGAAAUACAAUUGAUAAGAGAUAUUUCCUGAAAUCAAAUGAAUAUAAAGCUGCCCCCAUUGAUACAGAUUUGCUUUUUUUGCACCAGGCUGUGCCAUGGCUGAAAGAAGCAGAGUCCUUUAGAAGGCUGUGUGUAUGUGACAGUUAGGAGACUGGCAUGGCAUUGGCUCUUGGUAGGCGGAUGACUAAGUGGUGUGCAUGACCGUAUUCUAGAGUGUAAAUAGGAGAGGUAAGUAAUGUGUAUGCAAGAACAGUGCAACAUAAAUAGUGCUUUCACACUGAUCCAAAACUGGAUAGGUUGGGAAAACCUAGAAGUACUUAAUAAACAUAUUUUGUCUCUA